GCUACUGUAGGCACUCGACGAAGUGAGGUCACUGCUUCAACAUGGUUUCUUGGAGUCUCUCAUCACACGUUUCUGCGAAUCGGUGUUUUAUUCCCAUCUUCAACUUUAACUCUCACCUUCCUUCUGCUUUUCAUAGGUGCUUUUGUUCUGAUCACAUAGAAAACCAUAAAGGGGUUGAAGAACUCCCCCAAAAUGAAAAACCCAGAUCAAGAAAUACAAGUAAAACAGCUAAAACAAUGGCUAAUCUCAUCAAUUUCAAACCUUGGUCAAAUGGGUUGCUCUCUUCAUUCGCCACCACCCUCUCUAAAACCACUGUGCUUCAAACUCUUCGCCGUAUCAAGGACCCAUCCAAGGCCUUUCAUUUCUUCAAGUGGGCACAGGAAAUGGGUUUCCCUCACAAUGCCCAAUCCUACUUCAUCAUGUUAGAAAUUCUGGGUCGUGAGAGAAAUCUCAAUGUAGCUAGGAAUUUCCUCUUUUCCAUUGAGAAAAGGUCCAAUGGUGCAGUCAAGCUUGAUGACAGGUUCUUCAAUAGCUUAAUUAGGAGCUAUGGUGAAGCUGGGCUGUUCAGAGAGUCUAUGAAGCUUUUUCAGACUAUGAAGUCUAUUGGUGUUUCACCAUCUGUGGUUACAUUCAACAGUAUUUUGUCUAUAUUGCUUAGAAGGGGUAGGACCAAUAUGGUGAAAGGUGUGUAUGAUGAAAUGCUCAGCACAUAUGGUGUUACUCCAGACACAUAUACAUAUAAUAUUUUGAUCAGAGGGUUUUGUAAGAAUUCAAUGGUUGAUAUAGGGUUUCAGUUCUUUAAAGAAAUGACGAGCUUCAAUUGCAAUCCGGAUGUUGUUACAUAUAAUACACUAGUUGAUGGUUUGUGUAGAGCAGGGAAGGUAAGAACUGCACAUAAUUUAGUGAAUGGUAUGAGCAAGAAAUGCAAGGAUUUGAAUCCUAAUAUUGUUACUUAUACUACUUUAGUUCGAGGGUAUUGUAUGAAACAUGAAGUAGAUGAGGCCUUGGUUAUUCUUGAAGAGAUGACUUGUAGGGGCCUUAAGCCAAAUGUAAUUACCUAUAAUACUCUAAUAAAAGGACUAUGUGAGGCACACAAGUUGGACAAGACAAAAGAUAUUUUGGAACAAAUGAUAGGCGAUGGGCGAUUUAUUCCAGAUACAUGUACCUUCAAUACAUUAAUUCAUUCACAUUGUUGUGCAGGAAACCUGGAUGAAGCACUGAAGGUGUUUGAAAAUAUGAAAAAAUUUCAGGUCUCAGCAGAUUCAGCUUCAUACAGUGUUCUGAUAAGGAGUUUGUGUAAGAGAGGGGACUAUGAUAAGGCAGAGAUGCUUUUCGAUGAGUUAUUUGAGAAGGAAAUCUUGUUAAGCAAUUUUGGCUGUAAGCCGCUUGCUGCCUCUUAUAGUCCAAUUUUUCAGUAUUUGUGCGAACAUGGGAAAACUAAGAAGGGUGAGAGGGUAUUUAGACAUCUAAUGAAAAGGGGCACACAAGAUCCCUUAUCAUACAAGACAAUGAUUAUGGGGCAUUGUAAAGAAGGCGCAUAUGAAAAUGGAUAUGAGCUUUUGAUAUUGAUGCUAAGAAGAGAUUAUCUUCCUGAUGUUGAGAUAUAUGAUUAUUUGAUUGAUGGUUUUCUUCGGAAGGAUAAGCCUCUUCUUGCAAAGGAGACACUAGAGAAAAUGCUAAAGAGCUCUUAUCUCCCCAAAACAUCUACCUGGCAUUCUUUACUAGCGAGACUUCUGGAAAAAGGUUGUGUUCAUGAGUCUGCCUGUGUUAUUGUCAUGAUGCUGGAGAAAAAUAUCAGACAAAAUAUAAACCUGUCAACCGAGAGUUUACAGCUACUUUUUGGCCGAGGACUUCAAGAUAGAGCAUUUGAGAUUAUUGAGCUUCUUUAUAAGAAUGGAUAUUGUGUUAAAAUAGAAAAUGUGGUUCAAUUUCUUUGCACGAGAGGAAAACUAUCAGAAGCAUGCAAAAUGUUGCUAUUUAGUUUGGAAAAUCAUCAAAAAGUUGAUAUUGAUUUGUGUGAUGCAGUUAUUCUGGGCCUUUGUAAGAUUAACAAGGUUUCAGAAGCAUUUAGUUUAUGCUAUGAACUGGUGGAGAAAGGUUUACAUCAAGAAUUGAUAUGCCUAAAUGAUCUUAUAACCGCCUUAGAGGCAGGGGGAAGAAUAGAGGAAGCUACAUUUAUAUCAAAGAGAAUGCCAACACUAGAUAACAUUGGCAGAUCUGUGCUAAAUUACAGCUCUAAGAAGUCCAGGCCUCAUAAAGUGAUUUUAAAAACGGGUGAGUAAAGAGGAUCUGAAGGGGAACUAUAAUGCUAGUCCAAUAAUUGUUUGCAUUGAGCUUGUAUUUCAUUGAAAACUGGCAUCCAAUGUAAUCAACUUUCCACUAUCUAAGGUUUCCUCCAAGAUAGUCUUGAUGUUGGAGCAUACGAGAGUUACAUUACAAACAUUAUCAGCGCUCAUCAAAGGAAAAAAUUCUGCAUUCACGAGGAAGAAGCAGUGAUACCCACCAUGAAGGAAUUUUUUGCCAAUAUGCCUCAUGUGAAACAAAUCAAUUCUAGAUCAAAUUUUUGAAUAGUCAGGAUAUUUUAGUCCUUAAGAACCAGGGAUUUCUAAGAUCUAGCAUCUUGAUAACAGAGGCCACCUUUGCAUAAGUUCAAGACAGAUAGUUGGAAAUAAGCUUGGUUUAAAUAUCUGCAGACACAAUCAGAUACCUCGGUUUCUGAUGCAGAGCUGCUAAUCUUUCCCAAUACUUUUCUGUGCUGUAAUCUGG